GGAUAUGAUCGUGAAUUUGUGAUCGAAGAACGAGUUUGAAAUUCAAGUGAAUAUAAAGAAUGGGAAAAAUAUAAUCGGCGGCUCUGAGCCAUUGAAGUUCAAUAACACGUGGGAGACCUGCGAUAGCAGAACGAUCACGCGACUACGUAUGAAUUGCAGCCGCGUUAGAACUCGAUAAAUUUUGAUUGAAUUCGUAUGAGUUUAAAGAAACAUUUAAAACAGUAUUCGCGCUUCGCCUAAUCUAAUUCUUAGAUAAUCUCAGUUGUUAAAAGAAAUGGUUGUACCGGCGGAACACGCGCUCCAUGAAGCCAUUCAGGUUUCGCCACUUGAAUUAUCAAACGAUGUUAGAAGACAGAAAAUCGAAAACCGGUUAGCACGGAUGCGUUUAUCUGCAACGACUGUUAGAAAAAUUCAGGAUGUAUUCGUCUCGGAGAUGAACAAAGGUAUCCAUCAAGAACCGUCAUCUUUACAAAUGGAGAACACAUAUGUACCAGAACUCGUAGAUGGAACAGAGGAAGGACGUUUUUUAGCAUUAGAUCUUGGCGGGACUAAUUUUCGAAUUCUCUUAUUGGAAUUGAAGAAUGGUAGAAUUGUGAGGGAGGAUGUGAAGAAUUAUCACAUCGGAUCUGAAUUAAGGAUUGGCACGGGUUUUCCUUUGUUCGAUUAUUUAGCUGAGUGCGUUAGUGAUUUUGUAAUUAACCAAAGUCUUCAGGAUGUUGAAAUUCCUUUAGGAUUUACAUUUUCGUUUCCAAUGGUUCAACAUUCACUCGAUGUUGGAAUUUUGGUGACAUGGACAAAGAGUUUCAAUUGCCCAGACGUUGUCAAUAAGGACGCAGUUCAGUUACUCCGAGAUGCUCUUGCUCGUCGAGGUGAUACUAAAGUAAAAGUCAUAGCAGUGUUGAAUGAUACAACAGGAACUCUCAUACAAGGAGCCACAUUGGAUCCCGAUACAGCUAUUGGGCUUAUUUUGGGUACUGGUAGCAAUGCUUGUUAUCUUGAACGAGCUGACAGGGUCGAACAUUGGGAACCAGAGAGACAUGGGGAAAGAGAGGUUGUAAUAGAUAUCGAAUGGGGUGCCUUUGGGGACAAUGGUGUUUUAGACUUUAUUAAAACGGAAUUCGAUCGCGAAAAUGACGCAAAUUCGCUUCUCGUAAAUUCAUUUACAUUCGAAAAAUACAUCAGUGGAAAGUAUCUGGGUGAAAUAGUGCGUCUUGUACUCGUCAAAUUAACGAAAGAAGGGCUUUUAUUCCUAGAUAAAGAUCCAGGGCAUUCUUUUUUCAUACCAGGAACAGUUACCUCAGAUUUAGUAUCUUUUAUUGAGCAAGACACCGUAGACGGCAGUACCCAUAAUACAAAGGAGGUUCUAGCAAAAUAUGAUAUCGUUCCAACCGACGAUGACAUAAACAUUGUACAAUAUGUGUGCGAAGUUGUUUCGAAUCGUGCGGCUCUUCUCGUUUCUAUAUGUCUCGCGGCAUUGUUGGAACGAAUCGAUAAGAAGAAUGUGACGAUCGCGGUCGAUGGUUCUUUGUAUAAACAUCAUCCUCGAUUCGAAACCUGGAUGAAGCAAUAUAUAACUUUGCUUGCCCCUGGUCGUAAGUUCAAAUUGAUUCACGUCGAGGAUGGAAGUGGAAAGGGUGCAGCGCUUAUCGCUGCGAUUGCGCAGAGGAUUCAAAAAAGAUUAACAUAAUUAUUAUUGACCGAGAAGUGAUUUCACAUAUGUAAUAAUCUAUCAGUAGUACAAGCAUUCCAUGGCAGGAUAAUUUCCUGGUUGUGUUAUAAAAAAGGGUAAUAGUCAAAAUGAUAUAAUGUUAAUUAUAUUUUCACCAAAGUUAUUGCAUUUGUCAUUGUCAAUCUCGUUGAAUCAUUUUUAGGAUUUUCGUUAAAAACCAUUGUUUUUGCGUAAAUCUUUGGAAAGUAUAGUCGGCAAUUUCAACUCAAAUGAAAUUAUAAAUAUAUAUAUAUAUAUAUUACUUAUAUUAUAUAUAUACAUAUAUAUAUAUAUAUAUAUAUAUAUAUAUAUAUAUAAUACACACACAUACACACACACACAGGAGUUUUAGUCUCUUUUGUAAAUACUAUUUUCCAUAAUUAAGAGUUUAAGAGAAUUCCUUUUUUCGCAAAGAAAAGUCUUAUUCUACUAUAAUAAGAUAAUAGAAAUCGAUCAAACGUUUGUAAAUUAAAUAUAGAUCGUUGUAGCACAUAAUUCCGUGCUAAAUAUAUAAGUAGGAAAGAAAAUAAAUAACAUAAUAAUUACUCAAUUGAAUAAAUCUAGGAAUACAUUGAAUUCAUUUGCACUUAAAAGUUUCAUCGAAAUUUAUGUUAUGGUAGGAUCACAAAUACAUAGAAAUUCUGACACUCGAAACGGAUAGAGAAAAGAAUAUAAAAAGGUAAACGAAAAUCCGUUGUUAAAUCUUUUGAAAAAAAAUGAAGAAA